AUCUUUUUCACUCCAUUUUUGUGCAUCCCUGAUCUACACCUAUCACUAGUCCUUAUUCCAGGAUUUAUCAAUUCCAUUCCUCCCAAUCCAUUCCAGCCCAGAUCUUGCUUCUAACUAUGAGACUCAGUAUGGCAGCUUCACCUGUAAGGAAUUAGGCCUCAGGAGUCGCACACAGCACUCUCCAUCCAUGUAAGGGGAAAGCAGCCUGCAGCGGUGCUUUGGCCAUGGCCCGUAUCUACUGUAUGAAUGGAAUGGCCCCUAAGUCCUAUUAGUGCUGAGUACAAGGUGGCACAAGUACCUGGAGCUGUGACGUUUCUGUGAUAUCAAUAUAGUGGUUCCAGUAAAUGCUAUGGGCCCCAGGCCUCUGCCCCCACAGGCAUCGAUGACAUGGAGCUGAAGGAAGAAUGGCAAGAUGAAGAUUUCCCCAGGCCUCUUCCAGAGGCAGUUACAGAGGAGGAACUUGAAUCCAGUGAAUACAGCCAGUCAGCCAGUACCCCAAACACCAUAGAAUUAUGUGGGAAUCGUCACCUAAAAAAGCGUCUAUCUGCCCCAUCUAUCAACUUUAAUCUGGAGAAUAGUGGGGAGUCAAUUGCCUCGAGUGAACAGGCAGAACAAUCCACAGAAGACUUAGAUUUUGAUAUUGAUGACUUGGAAACUCCAAACAGCAGUGAAUUGUUAGACUGCCCUGAAUUUGAGUGGGAUGAUGACCUGCCCAAGGCCAAAGGGAUGGAAAGUUCUGCCUGCUCGGAGAGCCGCGUGACUGACAUGGAAGACCAAGAUGGCAGAAAGUGGCGGAUAUUUCUGAUGGGGGAACACAAAGUUGACAUGACUGCUAUUGAGCCAUAUAAGCAAGUGAUCUCCCAUGGAGGUUACUAUGGUGAAGGCUUGAAUGCUGUUAUCGUAUUUGCAUCCUGUUAUUUACCCCAGGAUUCCAUCCCUGAUUAUCAGUAUGUGCUGAACAACCUAUUCAGGUAUAUCAUAGGGACGUUGGAUCUAAUGGUGGCCGAUGACUACAUGUUGGUGUAUCUCAAUGGCGCUACCCCCCGCUGCAAAAUCCCCCCAAUCAGCUGGAUCAAGCGCUGUUACCAGGCUACGGGCAGACGGUUAAAGAAAAACCUGAAAUCUGUAUUAAUUCUGCACCCCACGUGGUACGUCAAAGCCCUGCUGGCAAUCACUCGCCCAUUUAUAAGCUCAAAGUUUUGGAAGAAGGUGAAGUUCAUGAGCAGCAUCGAGGACCUGUCCCUGGAGGUGUCGUUGGAGCAAAUUCACAUCCCAGACUGCAUCAGAGAGUUGGACAAAGAGCUCAAUUCCUAAAACUCCAAAAACUCAGAUUUACUUCUGCAUGAAGCUGAAGAACCUUGAAAGUGCUUUGGGGAAUAAGCCCCCUGUGUGCUGCCCAAUGGAUAUUCAGUCUCUUGGAAUGAUAUUUGAUGAAGCCCUAAGUCACUGGACUUCUGUGUAGGCACUUUAACCAUUUGUAUUGCUGUAGUUCAGCUUGAACCCCAUGCCGGGGAGUCAUGAGUGCACAUCCCCAUUCUCAAACUACAAUCCCCAGAAUUCCUCUAUCAGCGGAACCCCUUAAGGCAUGCUGGGAGCUGUAGCUCUGUAACAUAUGGAAUGCCAGAGGUUGCCUAACUGCUUUAGAUUGGGUUGUCCCUUGUACUGCUAAAAUACAACUUGAAUCUACUAGGAUUUGGGGAGUUGUUGGGAGAUGUUGACUGGUUACCAGGGUACACCCCCCCUAGCAACCAGAUAGAAAGUCCUGUUGAAUUCAGCUGAUGCCCUGCUUCACCCGUAUUUUGAAGUUGUGCUGUCUCAUCUUGCAUGAGAAUGGGCCCCUGACAACCAAGGGGUUAUCCGCCACUGCUCCAAAUGACCACUUUAAAGGAUAAGUAAAAUUACAAGUAAUGAAAAAAAUUGUUUAGGGUGCUUUUCUAAGCACUUUUGCACAUUUACAUUCAUUAUUUGUUUGUUUCGGCUUCAGACCUAUUGAAGUUUUUAUUAACUGCCAAUGUAAUAAAAUUGUUUAACAGCGCCACCUGUUGGUCAGUUCAUGUAACUGAACAGACAGAAAGAGAUCCCUUCAGAAGGAAAACAGAGAAGGGUUCUGAUGUUGCUCAGCAUCAUCAGAACACUAAGCACUUUUACGUAGUUUUUUUUAAGAUUUACUUAUCCUUUAUCCCCUUUAAUCUAUCACUAAUACGUGUCAUUUUUCUUUAAUUAACAAGAUUUAGUACCAUGCGAAAGUUUUCCGAUCCACUAAUAAAUUGAGAGACUUGGCCGAGGGUGUGAAUGCUCUUGUGCGGCACUGUGUAUAUAUAAGUACGGCAUCUGGCUCCUUACGUUUGUGUUUCAUUUUAUUGGGAAAAAGGUGGUAAAUCUUUAGCACAAUAAAAAGUACAAAAAAUGUGUUCUUUACACACAAGUAUUUCAGCUUGCUGGUCUCUGUAUGUGUAGAUAUAUGUGUAACGUGGGGGGGUUCCUGUACAGGGUGAUGGGCGGUUGGGCUCACUCUUUAUUCCUCUGUACAAAUAUGAAUAAACUGUAUUUUUGUAUGUUUAA